GUGAGCACGGGUGGGACAGGUGAGGGACAGGUGGGACAGGAGCAGCUCGGCCUGGUCUACGUGGGGAGGGACCCGUGCGAGGAGGAGCACCGGCGGUACCUGAGGGACAUGCCCCGCACCUGGAUGGCCCUGCCCUACCGGGACGCCGCCUUCGGUGAGGGACAGGUGGGACAGGAGCAGCUCGGCCUGGUCUACGUGGGGAGGGACCCGUGCGAGGAGGAGCACCGGCGGUACCUGAGGGACAUGCCCCGCACCUGGAUGGCCCUGCCCUACCGGGACGCCGCCUUCAGCAGGGAGCUGGAGCAGCGUUUCGGGGUGUCGGAGCUGCCGGCCGUGGUGGUGCUGGCGCCCAGCGGGGCGGUGCUGGCGCCCAACGCCGUGCGGGAAAUCCGGGAUCGGGGCCCCUCCUGCUUCCACGGCUGGCGCCAGGCGGCCGAGCUGCUGGACAGGAACUUCCAGGAGCGCCAGGAGCUCGAGGGCUCGGCGCCCCGCAGCCUCACCGAGCCCCUGCGCCGCCUCAAGUACCGCCUGCGGGACCCCCAGGAGGACGAGGAGGAGGAGGAGGAGCAGGAGGAAGAGCAGCGGCGGGAGUAG